ACAAGUAAUUUGCAGACGCAAUCCUCAUUCCCUAAUUUUCUUCCCUCUCAAUAUUUUGUCGACCUGGCCUCUGAAUACUUCUGCUUCGACAGCUAGAACAGACCACCGCGGAUCUCUUAACUCCGCCGUCACCAUAUCGCCGAUUGCUUGUCUGCUCCGCCAGGCCAACGCCGUUUCUGUUGCAGGUUCCACGUACUUCAUCUAAAGCCAUUAAAAUGGAGGGCAUCUUAAUCCGAGAGAAUGAAGUGGGUAAGUAGCAGUGGCAUUUGCCACAAUUAAUUGUCAAGUAAACUGCAGCAACCGUCCUCAACUUAUCAGGUUGCACUCUUUUUGAAUGACAGAAAUUGACGCUGCUUUUGGCAAAAUGAGCAGAAGUGGCAGAAGACGUGGUUCUAAGUGGGAUUUGAAAGAAGAAUCUCGUAUCCCAUUUGAUAGUGUACAUGACAAUGCAUGGCCAGGGGAAGCAAGCUUGUCUUUUCAUGAAAGAGAAUCAGAGCAUGGCUGGCAUUCUCCUGAAGGAGCUAGUGGUAAUCGCGCCAAAUGGUCUGUUCGUGAACCUUUGCCUGGAAGAAGAGGCUCACGUAGGGAUGAUAGCAUUGAUGAAGACCCUAACAAAAGUUUAAAACCAAUGCCCACAUGGGAUGGAGAUGAGAAUUAUGGGACAAGAAUGUCUCCUGGUCUUGAUGAAUGGAGGCAGCAGAAUCGUCACAGCUCUCCUAGAAAUGAAUGGAAAAGAUCAAGAAGAGGUAGAAGCCAGAGCAGGAGCAGGAGCAGGAGCAGGAGCAGAAGUCCAGUCUGUGGCUUUGGGCAAGAAUCAGGACUCUGCGACAGAAGUAGAAGCAGAUCAGGUUUAUCAGCUCAAUUAUGUAAAGAUUUUGCUGCUGGGAGGUGCAGGAGGGGUAAUCACUGUCAAUUUCUUCACCAAGGUACUCAAAGUUAUGAGGAUGGCUGGGAAAGACACAGGAAAACUGUAACUUCAAAAUAUACCACUCCCCAUGAAUCCAGGGAGUACUCCUCAGGGAGUGGAAGAUCUACUGAUUGUUGUAAUGUUUUUCUUAAAGGCGACUGUAGGAGGGUUGCCUGCUGCAGGUUUUCUCAUCAUGUUGCCUCUAAUGCAGCUGCUAAGGGGUCUUCUAAUGAGGUAAUUAGGCAAAGAAAUAAUGACAGAAGACAUAGAGAUGCAUCUCUAGAGAGACAAGGUGACCGUGAAACCUUCAGAGCAGCUAAUGUUCCCUGCAAAUUUUUUGCUGCAGGUAACUGUCGAAAUGGAAAAUACUGCAGGUUUUCACAUCAGGAUUUGGCCCAUGGAAGUCCUGAUAGGUCACAGGAUGGCAGACAUUCACUUGUCCGAAACACGGAUGAUCCAGAGAAAUUGUGGAAUGUCCCAAAAUGGGCCUCUACAAGUGCUUCAGAUACUGGGAAGUUGAGUGGGCAUAAAAAUGAUACAGUUGUUGCCCCUGAUCAAAGGGGCUCUACACGAUCUGUUGAUGGUGGAUGGGGUCAUUGUUUGGAGGAAGAUAAGACACUUGGUGAUCGACCAGUUGAGCAUAAGAUGGUCAAGAGUGAAACAGCCCUUACAUGGAAGGCAGAAAACGCUAGUGAUAACAUGCUUGCUUCUGAACAAAGAGCAUGUGGUGAGAAUUGGCUUGGGGAUAUGGACAUGUCUCCUGAAUGGAAUUAUAUAGUUACACACCCCAAAUGUAUUGAUAAACAAGAGCCUGCUUUAACCAAUUGCAAUGCCAGUAUAACUCAAGUUUCAGGUCAUGCACAUGAUGCCACUGCAGUUAUGCCAUCUUUGAUAAAUGAAUCAUCUGCCAAACAUCAGGACUACAAUUUAAGGGAGGUUGUUGCAAAUGCUUUGCCUCGUGAUGAUAAUAGCGUUACUGGAAAAACUGCCAGUUCUCAUGCUAGCGUUUAUGCCAAUAUCAUGUCUGCACAAAGCUUUGAUCAGAACGGCAUGAAUUCAAAUGUUUUACCUCUUCCAUGCUUAAAUGUGGUUGGACAAGGUCAAUUAACAAUCUCAAGUUCAGGAGAUAAUGUGAAUCCUCAAAAUCAGAUGCUGCUUCAGGAGGGAAGGACUAUUAACAAGCCAGAUAAUGGGGAAGCAAAUGCAUCACAAGUGAAUUCUGGAGUUUCUAAGACUCAGAAGGUAAGCAGUGAACAACUGACUCAGCUUACCAACAUCUCAUCCUCUCUAGCUCAAUUACUUGCAAAUGGACAGCAGCUUCCCCAUCUUUCUGUUCAUAACAAUACAGAGAUAUCCUCCUAUGCCAACUCAGUGGCGCUUGUUAAACCAGAUUCUGCAGUGACUACAGAAUCAAAUCAAAAGGUAGGGCUGAGGAAGCAGUAUAAUCCUAUAUGUGACAACAUUGCCCCUGAGAAGCAUGUUGUCAAUAACAAUCCCCCAGGGUUUUCACCAAACCUUGUUAGACAGAAAAACAUUUCAGAUGGGAAACCAGAAAUGCCAUCCAAAAGUUUUUCUCCAUCUGUUGUUGGCCCACCAAAUGGUGGUGGUUAUAACCAGUACCGCAGUUUGCAAGAACCUAGUAGCAAGAGUUGCCAGUUAAAUGAGAUGGAACCUGGUUCAAAUUCCAAAGUUACCAAGGAAAACAAUGGAGCGGUGACUGAGGAAAGCAGGGAACUAGAGGAGGACAAGACUGCGCAAGAAAACGACCCCUUGGAGAACAUUGAUGGAGAUGACAAGACUGAUGAGGGCAGAAAAAGCAAGGAUGUUAAGGGGAUUCGGGCAUUUAAGUUUGCACUUGUGGAAUUCGUUAAGGAGCUUCUGAAACCCACAUGGAAGGAAGGUCAAUUGAGCAAAGAUGCUUACAAAAACAUUGUGAAGAAAGUAGUCGACAAAGUUAUUGGUUCUAUGCAGGGGGCUUCUAUUCCUCAAACACCAGAAAAAAUUCAACACUAUUUGUCAUUUUCAAAGCCGAGGCUGACCAAACUUGUACAGGCUUAUGUGGAGAAAUUUCAGAAGGAUAAAUGAAACGAGGAGCUUCCUGUAUCUUCUAUUCAUUUAUUUCUCCGUGUUAUAUAGCAAGCUCAUAAUAUUUCUUGUGAAUUUAUUAUGAUAAUGCAGUGUCUAGAGCCACAUUUUUCCUGUUUUGUAUCUUUGUUGUUAGAAUCAAAGAUUGGCUAACCCUUUUAGCUUGUACCCGCAGAUUUACCUUUAUGUUUGGAAGUAUAUGUUAUCACUUCCUUUUAUGUGGGUAUUUAAGCUGGCAGCUAAUUAAUGGCAAUGCCAUUUUUCAGAUGUUAUCCUUCAUUUGUAUUAUAUGAUUUGAUCGUAAGGCAUUUUGCUCA